AAUAGACCUAAUAAUUAUCUAUGGUGAUGUUUAAUUGUUUACUAAUUCUCUUUUGAUAAUAUCAUGCGUUUUCACGCUUACCCUUCCCUACACGUGAUAAAUUGUCAACAAAGAAUGUUGCAUGGCGUCCUAUAGUUUACUAUGUAUGAAAAAUAUCUCGAUCGACAAGAAUAUCUUGAUUUAUGCUUCGAUUAGAUAGAGUAUCCCUGAAAUUGACCAAUGUCUUGCGACGUAACGUUCUUUUCAGUGUUAGUGCUAUCGCGCGCCGGUGUGGGCAAGUUGUUGGCAUUGUGUAGUGUUCAAGUACACCUAAAUGAGCAAUGGUACCGAGAGGCGUGGCGGGUGCGUCCGCCGACAGCGGUCUAUACACCACGUGCACUACGACCUCCGCAGGCGAGACGAAGACAUGGCCAAGCCCCUGGUGCUGCCCACCUGCUCCCUGCAGGUGUACGACACGCAGGUCGCGGGACAUAAGAGUGUUGAGGAUACUAAGUAUUUAGGUCUACUGCAAUGCAACAACGGCACGAUCCUCAAACCGAUCUUGAAAGAGUCCCAGCGACGCGAGGUGGACUUUUACAACCGGCUCUACUCCUCAACCGACCCUGAGCUGGUGGAACUACGCCGCAUCGCACCCAAAUACUACGGCUGCAAGCGGUUCACAUACAACGGGCACGAGCAGGAGUACAUCAUCCUUGAGGACCUCACGCAGCGGAUGCUGGAGCCGUGCGUCAUGGAUGUCAAGAUCGGCAAAAGAACAUGGGAUCCGCUAGCGACAGAAGAAAAGAAGAAGAACGAGCAAACAAAAUACGCGCUGUGCAAGCAGGAGUACGGGUUCUGUAUCCCGGGGUUCCAGGUGUACAAGCUGGCCACGGGGAAGCUGCACAGGUACAACAAGGACUACGGGAAGAAACUGCACGGACAGGCGGUUAAGGAUGCGAUCCGCACGUUCCUGAACGGCGGCGCGGGCGUGGGUCUGUGCCGCGCGCUGGUGCUGCAGCUGGUGUCGCGGCUGUGGCGCGUGCAGCGCUGGGCGCGCGGCGUGCGCGUGCGGCUCUACAGCGCGUCGCUGCUGCUCGCCUACGACGCCGCCAAGCUGCGCGCCUGCUGCGUCGCCGCGCCCGCGCCCACACACGCGCCACCACACGCGCCCACACACGCGCUACUCCCAAUGAACUGCCGAUCAGCACCGAUAACACGACGAAAAUCGAUCCAUUCAACGCACUCACCGUCCACAGGGUCGAACUUCAGCGGCCAGAUCACCUCCAAGGGCCCCCACUACAAGAAGGUCAACUCUGUACCUAUAACAUCCAUGACUCUAGCCCAGAACAGCUUCGCCCCACCACCCCCUAUAAACUCCCCCUGGUCCGAAGCCCUAGAACGCCUCAACCACAACCACUCUUUUGAACAUAAUUAUGAAGAUAAACUAUCGAAAAUUAAGAUGAAUUAUCGUGCAUUACUAGACCAGUUGUCAUAUGAUUCUCCAAACCCAAAGCCGUGGGGCACAGUCGCUAUAAUAGAUUUUGCGCAUGCGUUCUUCAAUGAUGAUGAUGAUGAGAAGUCAGUAGACGAAAAUUUCAAGGAAGGUAUAGACAAUUUUGUAGAGAUUUUGGAGGAUUUCUUGAGGGAAACAGAUGAUCAGGUUAUAUAGCAUUUGAGGGUUGUGUUUAUCUUCCAUUAGUCAAUACUUGUUUUCUUUUUGUGAGAAAUUGCAGAUUGCCAAAUUUAAAAGUAUUGUCUAGUAAGAACAACAAUGUCGCCUACACAACGUGCAUAAUUUUUUAAAGGGUGCCAGGGCCCCUAGUAUAUAUCCUUGAAUGCGCACCUGAUUUAAGCCAAAGUUCACCCACUUAAUCUGACCUAGUCGAUCAUACUUAUAGCUCUCGUGCUUUCGAAGCAUUCUCUACAACUCUCUCAUCAAUACUCUGUUUUUAUCAUCUCUAACAUAUAUUUAUUAUAAUUUAAAACUUUUUAUCAUGAACAAACUUCAAAAUAAUAUAUUUUCGUGUAGAUAUUAUAUUUGUUCCAAUGGUAUUAAUAUAAGACUUAAUAUUCAUAUCUUGUAGUAACUAAAUUCUUAAAUAGUAUAUGAAAAUAUCUAUGUCUAUUAAUAUAAGUGUAUUAAAAAUUUUACUUAAUUUGUAUUUAGUAAAAUGUAAAAAGGGGUAUUCGUGUUAUCGACUAAUCUUGUUUUAAAAAUAAUGAAUUACAAUUAAAUGCGAUAGGGGCUUGGACUAACAUAAAACAUUUUCUUCCUAAAGCCAAAGCCUUCCCAAACUCAAAGUGCCCCGUCCCACAUAAAUUGGCCCCAUAUAAAAGAAAAAAAACCUCUCGUCUUUACCUACACAAAAAUGGUCAUUGAAAUUUAAGUUCACGAUUAUCUAGCCAUAAUUUGGACGUUAUACAUUAUAUAUCUGUAUACAGCAACAAAAUGGGCCCCGUGACCUCCCAUUGAUUACGUCCCUGCUUGUCACGGAUUACUUUAACGGGACAUGAAAAAUUAAACUCUAUACGGCAUUGUACUUAUGUCUAAUUUGGUUCAGGUUUAGUCGACUUUAUUUUAUUUAUUUAUCGCUUAUAUGCUCAAAUGUUGUGCAUUAUUUCAAUUUAUAAAUGUAUUUUUAGUGCUAAUUUUAUUUUGUGCACUGCCAUUCUAACUUAAAUCGUUGUACAGAGUAAAUGAUGGUAAUCUUGACGAUUUGACCAUAACCUUCAUGGCGUAGUGCGGGAAGAGGCCACAUCUAAGAACAGUGGUUCCUAACCUUUUCAAUAAUUUUGAUGAUGAUUUAUGUGGAAAACUAAUUUUACCCUUCAAAAUAUUAUUAAAACAAAAAAGAAGCACAUACAAACAUCUUUAUUAAUCAUAAAUUGCACGACUGUUACUACUACACAUUGAGAGAAGGGAAAGAUCAUAUAAGCGCAUCUUGCGCAUAAUCCCCAGACUCGAAACACUGACAAAAUAAUGUUUGUAUCGUCCUCUAACAUAUUAUUUUAAUAGUCAUGUUAAAAUCUUCAUAAUCAUAGCCUACGACACAACACUGUAAAUUUUUUGUUCAUUGGAUAUUUAAAUGCUUUCGUAGUCACGAGUAUUAUAAGACAUUUUUCCUUUUUUUAAAGAAAGGUUUUGAAAAGUUUUAAAUCUCCUACGCUUUUCCUAAAGAAAUAUACAUUUGAUGUGCCAAAAAAGCAUUAAUAAAACGUAGUGGUAGAAAGACUAAAGGUUUAUGCACACUCUCCUGGGCACCAGAUUCGGUUAAAAAAUGUUCUAAAAUAGUUUUAAUUUUUAUGAUAUACAAUGCAUGGCAAUGAAUAAGUAUACAGCCACAGGCAGAAGUUUAAGAGGAAAAGCGACUAUCUGCCAUACGAGAGAAAGAACAAUUGAUAAAGCUAGUCUUUCUUAGAAAUUCAAAUUCGAAACAUUAUAAGCUUAUGUUCGCUUUUCCAAAAAUAUUUUUGAAGACCUGGUACCCAGCGUGGAUAUGUGUGCAUUUAUCCUAAUUUAGCGAAUAUGUACUUAAUAAUGAAGUUAUAAUGUAUGUAGUUUGUCAAUAAAAAUGUGUAAGUACUCUUAGUUCUUCCUAUAUAAAUGUAAGUGUUGUAAAUAAAAAUGAUGUAUUUCAGUAUAUUAUAUGUGAAUUGAUAGUUA